AUGACUAUCCCCUUGAACGGCUCUACUGUUGUCCGUGAUGACAUUGAGGCACCGCCGCGUCCCAAAGAUGUUGGUAUCCUCGCUAUGGAGAUGUACUUCCCCCAGAGGUGUAUUUCUGAGGAUGAGCUGGAGGAGUUCGAUGGCGUGGCGAAGGGCAAAUACACCAUUGGCCUUGGCCAAAAGUUCAUGGCAUGCUGUGAUGAUCGUGAAGAUAUCAACACGUUUGCGCUAACUGCCGUUGCCAACUUGCUUGAGAAGUAUGACAUUGAUCCCAAGUCUAUUGGUCGUAUUGAUGUCGGCACGGAAACUAUCAUCGACAAGUCGAAGGCCACUAAGACCGUUCUCAUGGAUCUCUUUGCUGAGGCGGGCAAUACAGACAUUGAGGGUGUCGAUUCCAAAAACGCCUGCUAUGGGUCCACUGCGGCUCUCUUCAACUCUAUCAACUGGGUUGAGUCGUCUUCCUGGGAUGGUAGGAACGCUAUUGUCGUCGGCGGUGACAUUGCAAUCUACGCCGAAGGCAGUGGCCGACCCACCGGAGGUGCUGGCGCUUGUGCGAUGCUGAUCGGACCUAACGCUCCGCUCGUUUUCGAACCUAUCCAUGGAACUCACAUGGUGAAUACAUACGACUUCUACAAGCCCAAGUUAGACUCCGAGUAUCCAGAGGUCGAUGGCCCACUUUCCAUUACAACCUACGUCUCCGCCAUUGAUGCGGCUUAUUCGGCUUUCCGCAGAAAACACGCUAGAGCGAAGAAGGUUGCGAGCCUGAGUGGCAACGGUGAUGCGUCAUCGCUUGCGGCGUUUUCACUUGAAGACGUCGACUAUCCUGUGUUCCACAGCCCGUAUGGCAAGAUGGUUCAGAAGGCCCACGCUCGUCUCGUCUACAACGAUUUCAUGGCGAACCCCACAUCUCCCAAAUAUGCCUCUGUUCCUAACCCUGAGGCUAUUCUUGCUCAACCGUACAAGGAGUCCUUGACUGACAAGACCCUCGAGAAAACGUUCAUGAGUGUUGCGAAGAAGGAAUUCGAGUCGACUGUCGAACAUUCCAUGCGCUGUGCACGUCGUUGUGGCAACAUGUACACUGCGUCGCUGUACGGUGGCCUUGCAUCACUCCUUGCUAGUAUUGAGCCUACUGAGCUCCGUGGCAAGCGUAUCAGCAUGUUUGCGUUUGGCAGUGGUCUGGCGAGUAGCUUCUACACGAUCCGCGUCAAGGGCGACACGACCUCGAUUAGGGAGAAGAUGGAUCUCAUCAGUCGUCUCUCGAGUAUGGAGGUUGUCCCAUGCCAGCAAUACGUGGACGCGCUUCAACUUCGCGAGAAAAACCACAAUGCGGGGUCGUAUACACCGGAGGGCUCGCUGGAUAACAUCUGGCCGGGUGGCUAUUAUCUCGAGGGCAUCGACGCCAAGUACAGGCGCAAGUAUGGUCGCAAGGCCAAGGCAUGA